AGAGGGAGCACUCGAAAAAGACUCUCGGGCGCUUAUCAGACAAACAGAAGAAUCAUUCUUGAAAUAGACUCGAGACGCCAAUGGAACUUGUUCCAAUCCUGUGACCCUAUCCAUUACUUUUAUCGAAAACAUCACCAGUCAGUCGGUCGGUCGGUCGGGGAGAUAGAUUUCAAAAGGCAGAGACAGUGUGAGAGAGAGAAGAUAUAAUAAGAGAUUCUUCUGUCCAUGUUUAGUGGCAAAGGCAUGGGAGGCGGAAGUGGAGGAGGAGGCAUGUUGAGGACAGUUGGGAGAGCAGUUACUUCUGCGAGAACCACCGGCGUGGCUGCUGGUGGGGCCCUUCAGGAACCCACUUCUUCCUCCACCAAUGCUACCACUACUGCUACCAGUCCGACCUCUAGGCCUACCCAUAAGCCCAGUUCCUCUACCCACCUUUCUCUCUCGUCCAAUUCUUCGCCUUUUGCUUCACAUAAUAUUCCCAUUUUUGCAGCCUCUGGGGUACCCACAUGGCCUCCUCCUUUGUCUCAGUGCGAUGAGUUUGACUGGGUGGCUGUGGAUGGGUGCGAAGAUGAGAGGCCACAUGGGUAUUUUGAUGAUUUUGUUCUUGGCCCUGUUCCUUCCAAGGAUGAAGUCCAGGACGCUGUCUCUGCUCUCCAACAAUACUCCAAGCUUGUCUGGGACAAAUUUUCUUUUGAUUCGGACAAGGAUGCAGCAGAUCAAGUCACAAGUCCUACUGGGUCGGAGUUAGACUGGGUGGAGCCCUCGUUGCAUCUCUGCAAUUCAAGAACACUGCAACCUCUUGGAUCUGAUAGAGUUUUUGAUGCAUUUCAUUUAAUGCAGACUGAACCGUCUGUUCAGAGAAUGGUCAUAUCAUUAUCAUCAGAUAAAGCAGUUUGGGAUGCUGUUAUGAAUAAUGAGGUGGUGCGGGAGCUCAGGGAGUCAUACUUUGCAGAUGCAGUUGAAAACAAGAAUCCCCUGGAUCCAGAUGAGAGUUGUGGGACUUCUGAUGACUCCAAUGAAUCAACGAAUAUAUUAAGGCAGAUUUUUGACAACACCAAGGCUAAGUUCAUGGAAGUGAUCAAUAAAAUCACAAAUCGCAUGAACAAGUUAUUUGAGUCCCCUGAUGACGAGAAGACAACAACACCAGGAGACACAGCAGCAGGAGCCUCGGAUCCCUUCAAGAAAAGGCUAAAGACGUCGUUCUUAAUCUCGGUUGUGGUCCUGUUGAUUGUGGUGUUGGGUCGAAAUGUCAUUAGACCCAAAAGGGCUUGACCCGAAUUUGACGACAUGACAGGUGCUUUUCCCCGGCGGGAACUUGUAUAGGUACAAGUUUACCUCCGGCCAAGUUGUGCUUAGUGUAUUAACAAUGGAAGUGAAGACCUUUCAGCUGGCAGGGUAUGCAUGGUGUACCUCUCUUUUCUGCUUGGAUAUGUAUCGUAAGUUUCAAUUCGUUGCAAGGGUGUGGAGAUUUAUUUGCAGAUCAUGUACAAGAUUUCCUGAAACAAUUUGAAUUAUUCCAGUCCCAUUUUAUGAA